UUACAUCUCUGCUGUUGUAUCGUGCUUCCUCUCAGACAUGGACGUGUUUCACAGAGACGGUGCGGACUUAAGUUGUGGUUCUGAGGAGGUUCCUGUUCCAGUUGAAGGGAGGACACGUCCCACGUUUCAGUACUCUCCAGAUAACGUCCAGGGGCCGGGAUGCACCGUAGACCCCAGUGAAGUCACCCUCCCCGGAUGCUCCUGCCUCUCCCACUCCUGCUGCUCUGAGAGCUGCUCCUGUCUGCAGACUCACGGGCGGGCGUACGACAGCACGGGGGCACUGCUGGACCUCAGCAGGACCGACUCUGGGUACUGCUCCCCCGUGUUUGAGUGCAACACCCUUUGCCCCUGCAGUGACGCCUGCUCUAACCGAGUGGUGCAGAGGGGGCUCCGGCUCAGGCUGCAGGUCUACGGCACCAGGAACCGGGGCUGGGGAGUCCGGACUCUCCAGGAGAUCCCACGUGGGACGUUUGUGUGCGAGUACGCAGGGGAGGUGAUUGGUUUUGAGGAGGCCAGACGGAGACAACUUGCCCAGAGGUCUGAAGACAAUAACUACAUCAUCGCAGUAAGAGAGCACUCGGGUACGGGCUCUGUCGUUGAGACCUUCGUGGACCCAGCACAGGUGGGAAACGUAGGCCGCUUUCUGAACCACUCCUGCCGCCCAAACCUCUUCAUGGUGCCGGUACGCGUGCACUCCGUAAUUCCCAGACUGGCUCUGUUUGCUGGACGUGACAUCGAUGCCCGAGAGGAGCUGACGUUCGACUACUCGGGAGGAGACAGUAAACAGAGCCCCGCAGAGCUGCGAAGUGACGCUACAGCUCGGGCCAGUAGGACAGACGGCCUCCGGAGGAAAGCGUGCCACUGCGGCGCUACCAACUGCACACAAUUCCUUCCACUGGAUUUAGCGAUUCUCAGCUGAAGUCAUCCAAAACACAUCUGUUUGUUUUUAUCCGAGUGUUAAGAGAUGGAUUCCCAUUUAAACCGUCUUACUCAGCCACACAUUAGGCCGAGAUAGUGCAACACAACGAUUGCACCAUGAAAAACAAUCUACUGCAUGACUCAUGUCUUCUGCUCAUCAUUAUUUCCUUUGAGGGUCUCCUGAUCUGCCACAGUCCUAUUGCUGUUGUCUCCCACUCAGUGAAAGAUGAUGCACUGAAAACCACAAAAACUAGUUUUUAUAUUUCAGAGCGAACACACUUGUUGACAAGCUAGAACACUGAAUACACAAUCCAUUUCAUCUACAGGACGUGUCCCGCUGGACUUACAGUCGUAGCUAUUAUCUUGCCCUAGUAUCCCCUACUAUUUCUCACAUCACACAUGAACGUAUAAAUAAAACGAGAAUCAUUUGCAAGUUGUUCAAUGCGUUUCUACGUAUCAGCCAUAGAGGCUGCAAAGUUUCUAAGCCUUCACACCAGGUUUGUGUCAUUCUAACGUGGACAACACUCAUAUAAAGUCGUAGCUGUUCGCGUGUCUCUAUCAGAUUUCUUUGUUGUCGUCACGCAGCACGGCCUCCCCUCGUAGAUAUUCUCAGCUCCUCAUCGCGCUCAAACCUCACGAGAGGUGGGACCAAUUAAAAAGGGCCGGGGGGUAAAGCUUUUAUAGAAACAGACUCCAUUCCCCUGUCGGAGGAGGGGCCAAGGUGUCCCACUUUAACGUGACCAUUCUGAAACCAGGACCUUCUCUUUUCCAAUCUGCCCCGUUUCCAGUCUAGACCUGCUUUCGUCUUAUUAAUAUCCACAUCUGGGUUAAUUAGGAUGGAGACCGUGUUUCAUCCAGAAAUGGGACCAGUGCUCCAGCCACACUGGGGCUAAGAGAGGGAGGGGAGGGGGGGGAGCGAUGGAUGCCUUCUGCUGAUCGGAGACUGCUAUUUGAUUGGUUUUUUGUGUCACCCAGUGGAGAGUGUUGCGUCGACCUAUAUUUUCUCCUCUGUGAGGGUUACCUGGUGUUAUUUCUGGUUUUUGGCACCUGCUCUGAUCCACAUUCAGGGUUUAGGAAUGAGGAACAGUUUGGCAUGUUUGUAAAAAUGUGCUUUUCAACUUUGUUAAUUAGAUGAGACGACCAAUGCCAGGCUCUCGCAUGUACACAGAAGACGAAGUUAACCCGAAUAACCGGUUAGCAUGGAUGCACUUUGGAGCUCAGCAGCUUUAACCUGCUCCUAUAGAAUAAUAACGUGAAUUUAUAAAUGCUGGAUGCUACAAAUAGAAGUUAUCAUAGAUUCAAAGACAUGAUACAGCAUCAGAAAUACUGUCUGAAAUACUUGCUCCCCCUCCGUGAUGGGCACAAACGUGUGUGCAGUGGUCUGAUGUUUCACCUCUCACAGUUGAUUCAGUCGAGCGGCUGUAAUCCUGCAGAUAAUCAAAUUCGUGACUCAUGUCAUUUUUGAGUCAGAUGUCCCUGGGAUCUCUAUGGCAACCGACUGUGUGUACAGGAGGAGGUUUUGCGCAGCGGCGGUCGGAUCCGAGGUGCACGAAGGCUGAUCUGAAAUCCUGGGUGUUGAAGAGCCGCGCUGCUGAUGAAUGGCUCCUCUCCAGCGCUGUCACCUAGCAACCAGCAGUUAAUCACAUGAGGUGAAGUUCCCCGUCGAACUCCAUUCACAGCCCCGAACACGCACAUACGCAGACAGACAGACGCACUCACUCACAGGAAAACAAACAUGUCAAGGAUGCGUGUUGCAAUGCAGGAACCUUUUAUGCAAUUUGUAGAUUGUCUUUGUGCGUGCAACACUUUCUCUGACUUGCAUUUCAGUUACACACCCGGAGAGAAAUCAAUUUCCUUCAUUGUUUGGUGAAACUUCAUUUAUGUCUGGUGACUUUGCGAGGUGGGGGCAUGUUUAACCCUUUAUAGGGCACUGAAAUACUCAACCCUAGAGUGUUAUUAUUAUAGGACAUAAGAAAACCUGUUUACUUUUGUGAAAACUUACACAAAAAUUACAUUUUCAUCGAGAAAAUCAAGAUGAAUGAAUUCCCCAUAUAUGGUUCCUUGUCCUUAAGUGGUAAACAAAUGUAAACAUGUAUUUGGGCCAUCGUAACAUAAGAGCUGGUUCUCAGGGUAUCUACGCAACUAUGGAAAGUAUGGAAUUUGAUUUGAUACAUUUUUAGGUCUGGAAAAGUAUGGAAAAUGAGAACUAUAUAUUUCUAUAUUUGAUUUAUUUAUUUUUGUAUUUGACUUACACUUUAACAUGUAACUAAAUUAUUUGAAUACUUAUUUGAUGUUUAAGAAUAGCAGUGAGGCCAAGUCUUUUGUAACAUCAGGUAGUUCAGUUAUUUAUUUGCAACUUACAGUAAAAAAAAUGAAACAAAAAACCUGUAUUUAUCUCUGACUUCUUUGUUCUUUGAGCUACGUUACCUUGCUAUAAUCCUCUAGGAAUUUGGUGACAUAACCACAUAUAUGUUCGGAUUAAUGACUUACAUUUACAUGACACACAACUAUUUAGUGAU